GCUAGGGCUGUGUCCCACCUAGCAUGGUCCAAUUAAUUACAGAUUAUUUGGUUAAUUUGAGAGGAGGCAGUUGUUGUAGGACCGUCAUACUUCCCCAAUCCCCAUGGCCUUUAUAUUUGGAAUCUCUCUACUCAUUUCAACAAGCUUCAUCAUCCAUUAAGGCUUGUCUUUAUACUUCAUCGGAAAUCGUCAAACAUGGAAAGAAAGUACAUCUGCACUUCUAUUAUUUUGUGGGUUAUUGCAUGUUCUGUGCUUCGUGUUCACUCUGAAAAUCUACUGAGAGUUGGUUUGAAGAAGAAUCCAUUGGAUUUCAACAGCAUAAAAGCAGCAAAAGCAGGUAGAGCAGGAGGGAAGUGUGGGAAUAGUAUUAACAACAAGUUGGGUGACUCAGAUGCAGACAUUGUCUCUUUGAAGAACUACUUGGAUGCACAAUACUAUGGAGAGAUCAGCAUUGGUUCUCCCCCUCAGAAGUUUACGGUUAUAUUUGACACUGGCAGUUCUAAUCUAUGGGUCCCAUCAUCCAAAUGCUACUUCUCUAUUGCUUGCUUUCUUCAUCCCAAGUACAAGUCAAGCAAGUCCUCUACAUAUACAAAGAUAGGGACAUCUUGUUCAAUCACAUAUGGGUCUGGAUCUAUUUCUGGAUUUCUCAGCCAGGACGACAUUGGAGUUGGUGACCUUGUAGUCAAAGAUCAGGUCUUUAUUGAGACUACAAGAGAGGCUAGUCCUACAUUUAUAUUGGCCAAAUUUGAUGGGAUAUUUGGACUUGGGUUCCAGGAAAUUUCCGUUAAAGAUGUUGUUCCGGUUUGGUACAACAUGGUGGACCAAGGUCUUGUAAAUGAGCCAGUGUUCUCUUUCUGGCUUAACCGUGAUACAAAUGCACAGGAUGGAGGAGAACUUGUUUUUGGUGGUGUUGAUCCUAAACACUUUAAGGGGGAACACACUUAUGUUCCUGUCACUAAGAAGGGUUACUGGCAGUUUGAAAUGGGAGAUUUCCUCAUUGGAAACAGCUCAACAGGCUUUUGUGAAGGUGGUUGUGCUGCUAUUGUGGAUUCUGGGACAUCCUUGCUUGCUGGUCCAACUACCAUAGUUACAGAGAUCAACCAUGCCAUUGGGGCAGAGGGAGUAGUGAGCACAGAAUGCAAAGACAUUGUUUCUCAGUAUGGAGAGAUGAUAUGGAAUCUGCUUGUAUCUGGGGUGCAACCUGGUGAAGUAUGUUCACAAGUUGGAUUAUGUGUAUUUAGCAAGGCUGAGAGUUCUAAUAUCCAAAUGGUGGUUGACAAGGAUAAUGAGGAAAAAUCCUCCAAUGACCCAUUGUGCACAGCCUGUGAAAUGGCUGUUGUUUGGAUGCAGAACCAGCUAAAGCAAAAGGUGGUGAAGGAGAAAGUUUUUGAAUAUGUGAAUCAGCUAUGUGAGAAAAUUCCUAGUCCAAUGGGGGAAUCAACAAUUGAUUGCAACAGUAUAUCAAACAUGCCAAAUGUUACACUCAAAAUUGCUGACAAAGAUUUUGUCCUUACCCCUGAGCAGUACAUCCUUAAAACAGGAGAAGGGAUUGCUACCAUUUGCGUCAGUGGGUUCAUUGCUUUGGAUGUGCCCCCACCUCGCGGUCCUCUUUGGAUUCUUGGAGAUGUAUUCAUGGGAGUGUAUCACACCGUGUUCGACUACGGCAAUCUGCAGCUGGGUUUUGCUGAAGCUGCAUGAUUCCUUUCUGUGUAAAUUAUCUGCAAUAGUUAUCUGCUACUCCAUGACUCGUGGUUAAAACAAACUUGGGAGUGUAUUGAAAUAUAUGGUGAAGCUGAAAGGCUUUUGUGUAGUAGUAGUAGUAGUAGUAUAUUAGUAUGAAAACUAUGAUAAACUUGGGAGACUUUUAUGUGUGCUGUCACUUAUGGUAACUGCUGAAGUGUUGUGUUGUAAUUCUGUUAACUGCUUCGUCUCUUGGAAUGACCAUUUUCUAUGGUUUCUCUUGUUUAAACUAGUGUGUGGUUUUGGGUUCAAAUGUUGUGAAUGAAUAAAGCAAUGCAUAUAGAUUGAUAAGCUUGGGUGGCUUUGAUACACUUCCUCAGUUCCUCUGCUUUCUUUUGAGUAAAUUACCAAAAUGGUC